AUGCUCCAUCAUGCCAAGUUGGACAAGUGCUUCUGGGCUGAAGCGGCAAUGACGGCCGUCUAUGUGAAGAACCGUUUGCCGUCACCCAAGAUUCCACACAAGACACCGUUCGAGAUUGUCUACAAUUCUAAGCCAAGUGUCAAGCACAUGCGCGUUUUUGGGUGCCAAGCAUACAUCUUGACCCCGAAGGAGAAACGACUCAAGUGGGAUCCCAAGGCCCGGGCUGGAUUGUUUUUGGGCUACGAAGAAGUGUCCAAGGCGUAUCGAGUUUACGACAUCGAAGCGAGGCAGGUGAUGAUAAGUCGCGAUGUCAACUUCGAUGAGUGGGCCUUUGGAAUGUCGAUGAUGAUUUCCGAUGACGAUAUUGAUGGCCUGGACUUCGAAUCGAUCGAUCUUGAUGAUGAAGAACCGCGUCCGAGACACUUCAAACAAACAGGAAAGCGCAAUGCCCAACCCAAUCACGACAAUGACGACGCAAGCAUGCCCCGAGCAGUGCGCCAACGACCCGGAUUGGAAGAGUCAAGUGCGCCGGAUGACCUCUCUUCACGUCGAGCCAACGAAGAUGAAGAAAGGAAGUCGGAGGAACAACAUGACACACCGACUUCCUCCGCGUUUUGGCAUGCGAGUGCAAACGCCGUCGAAGCAGCAGUCGAUUUUUCGGAGCCGUCGACAUUUGAAGAAGCAGUAUCUGGCCCGGACCAAGUACACUGGCGCAAGGCAAUUGAUGCGGAGCUCGAUUCGAUGAAGCUUCGCGGUGUCUUUCGUGCGGCCAAGUUACCCAACGGACAAAGCGCCAUUGGCACAAAGUGGGUCUUCAAGAUCAAGCGCAAAGCGGACGGAUCCAUCGAGAAGUACAAGGCACGUCUCGUGGCAAAGGGCUUUCGCCAAAAGUAUGGAAUCGACUACACGGAGACGUUUUCGCCCGUGGUCAAGUAUGUGACGCUGCGAAUGGUCAUCGCCAUUACCAAGCACUUUGGAUGGACACUUGACCAACUUGAUGUGGUGACUGCCUUUGUUUAUGGUGUAAUGAAGGAACAAGUGUUUUGCGUGAUUCCUGAAGGCGUCGAACUUGACAGUACGUUCGACUGUCUGGAAUUGGUGAAGGCAAUUUACGGCCUGAAGCAAGCUUCGCGAGUAUGGAACGAGACGUUUGACGAGUUUGUGUGUUCCAUUGGAUUUCAGGUGUCAGGCUUCGACCCAUGUCUCUACAUCAAGACUUCGGACGGCCAUUGCGUGUUUAUACUGGUCUAUGUGGAUGACGUGUUGGUGACAGGAAGCUCACCCAAGUUGAUUGCACAAACCAAGAACGACCUGAAGACGCGGUUCGAAAUGACGGACAGCGGCAAGUGUGCGUUUGUUUUUGGGAUCGAGUUAUUGGACGGUGAAGAUGGCAGCGUGACUAUGUGUCAGCGCCGUUAUGUCGACGAUGUCCUCAAGCGCUUUGGAAUGGAUGAGUGCAAGGCUGUGGCAAGUCCGGUGGACGUCAGCUCUCGACUGGUUCCGAGCAACUCUGCAAGCAAGGUGGAUGUCCCAUUCCGUGAAGCAGUGGGUGCUUUGAUGCAUCUGACGACUGCAACGCGACCGGACAUCGCCUAUGCUGUAAGCUUUGUGUCACGGUUCAUGGAGAAACCCCAAGAAGAACACUGGGUUGCAGUCAAGCGCAUCUUCCGCUACCUACAAGGCACCAAGAUGCAUGGAAUCUGCUACAAGCCAAGUGCGAAGAUCGACUUUCGUGGCUAUUCAGAUGCAGACUGGGCCGGUGACCUUGCUGAUCGCAAAUCGACGUCCGGCUACGUCUUCAUGCUAUUGGGUGCUCCGGUGAGUUGGGGCAGCAAGAAACAGCCAAGUGUGUCACUGUCUACAAGCGAAGCGGAGUAA